GAUGCUCUCUCUCUCGACUCAGUUCCGAAAGCAGAGCCAGAGCCGAGAGUACACUCGAGGCUUGUUCGUUUCGCGUACCGCGUCGCGUACAGCUUUCCGCUCCGCGCCGUUCCAUUCCGCACUGUAGUACCGCAACUGCUCUGUUUUCGAUCGUGGCCGUCGCGUUUUUCAGCCCGUGCCGUGACUGCUGUUCGCGUUCGGCCGUCGAAAUCGCGGCGACGGUGUCCGGUGUACGAUUCCCGGUGGUGACGUUCGACCCGUAGGUGACCCGCGUGUUCCUCUGGACCGCCGUCAUCGCGACACCUCGAGACGCACGGACAACAGCUGUCCCACGUCUUGAAUGGUGAAACGAUGAGAGAGGAGCCGCCGGUGCCGAGGGUGAAUCGGCAACGUUCCAGGGUAAACUCGAUGAUGAAUCUUCGAUGAAUAGGAUCCGGCCGGGUGUAGUGACGUAUCGCGCGGAAGUUCGGAUCGAUUCGCGGCAAGAUAGAAGGGGCCACGAGGAGCUGCUACGAUGCGCGUGAAAAGUUGACGAAGCCAUGUGACACGUGUAAACUGAAAUCCCGUGCGACGCCCGUUCCGCUGAUGCUGGGACUGGACAACGACGUGGUCGGCAUACGAAUGGACCCCGUGCCACGGAUGACAGCCGGCUGUUUUGCCAAGUGACAGUGCGAGUAGUUUUACGGGCGGCGGCGAGAAAAAAAAGAAGAAGAACGACAGGAUCGUGAUAUCGAGCCGCCGGUGAUACGCGGCCGGGGAUUACUGUGAAAAUUGUAGUAAAUCAGUAGUGAUGCCGUGAUGGGCUGCAGUUCGGGUCCGUGCUAUCUGGCUACGCUCCUAGCGGGUGGAUUACUCUUGGUCGUCUUGUGCAGCGAGACAUCCCAAGCGACACGUUUGCGGCAGCGCUCCGGCCCCACAGAUAGUCCAAAGAGUGGUAGAGAAGUCAAGAAACAACUAGAAAUAGCUUCGGGAACUUUCAACGAAAGAUCGGUGAACGAGGCCGGCGUGUUCACCCUUCGUGGCAGACAGGAGGGUGGCCGACGUGCUAGAAGAACCACGACAAGCACCACGAGCACAACACCGUCCAGCUCGACGUUGAUUUCUCUGUCCGACGACGUGGCGCAGCCCGCGGCCCUUUUAGCCCCCGAAGAGGACUUAUGGUCUACCAGCUCCUCCGCUACAACCAAUGUUCCAGUCUCCUUAGAUACAGCUGCCACGCCGUCAAAGCCACCCUUAGAGCUCGAGGUGCAACCCCACAGCAAGGUCAUACUGCCGUGCGAGCUAGAAGGAAAUUACUCGAGGCUGCUGCUGCCCGAGGCCAGGAGCUAUAAAAUACGGCCGGCAACAUGGCUGCACGAGGGAAGCCCGGUGGACAUGAUAACGAUCAAUACGAAAACGGAAAUAAGUGGAACUGGACACAGAUACGUUUCUGAUUCCAUUACGGCGGAGUUGCAAAUAGACAACGUCAGAUUAGAAGACGACGGUAUAUGGGGUUGCACGUUAGAGGAUGGCCAGGGGAAGAUCCUCGCUGGCAGACCCGUGAAGCUCGUUGUUCUUGAGGCGCCUCGGGGGACGUAUCUGCUGAUAGAUGGGCGUAGGUUGGAUCCAGGAAACCAGUUUGUGCCAGUGAAAGAGGGCUCCGAGUUGACGUUGGAGUGCGCCGCCGAGGGUGGGAACCCGCCGCCUGUUUUAGCAUGGGGAAUGACUCUGUCUCAAGCCACUUUGGACGGUCCGGAGCAACCGCCGGACAAUCUGACCGUGUUGCCCUCGACAUCUGGCAGGCACAGUGGGGCUCACCUUAAGGUCUUGAGAGGUCACCACAACGCUACCAUCGUGUGUGUCGCGCGGCACGUCAGGCUGACGAUGCCCAUGAACGCCAGCAUCCUGCUCGACGUCCAAUAUACUCCGUCGUUCGCGAUAACGCGUUUACCUGGUUUUGGAAUUCCGAUCGUCGAGGGGAUGUCCGUCAGCCUGAAAUGCGAGGUGGACAGCAAUCCGGCCAGCACGCCGAUCUGGCAGCGUGACAAUGGACCGCCCGUCGAGCAGAGCGACGACGGAUGGCUGAACUUCACAAAAAUCAGCCGCGCCGAGAGCGGCUGGUACAAAUGUUACACCAGGCACAUGCUCGGCAUAUUCACCAGCAUCGGUUAUUUUCUCAACGUGCGCUAUGACCCAGACAUGGAAACGGAAGCGGAAGCCUUGAACGGCGAGGCUAACGAGUCCCGGAAGAUGGAAGUGCAGAUCGGUGGCGCUGUGACUUUGGAGUGCGACGGCGGUUGCUGGGGACAUGGUCCUGGAAUGGAUCCAGUUGGUGGUCCCGGUCCGCUGGCUCUGAGUCGGGUCGUUUAUCAAGAAGCCGGGGAGUAUCGGUGCGUCGCACCUGAUCGGAAAAUGCAGGACACGUGGCGUGCACAGUUGCCCUAUCAAAUCAAGGUCACCGGCGGACCCAUAGUUCAACCACCUAGUCAAACGGUGACUGCGAAGGAGGGCGAACCUUUGAGCAUCGUUGUCGAGUUUUGCGCGGAACCUAGAUACACCAAAGUGAUGUGGGUAUCCGAGGAGAACGUGUACUUACCUGGCGCGCCACCCAAAGACGGAAUUCAAGCGCUCGCUGUUGAGGACGGCGGCACGGAGUCCUGUUACCGGACGAUGCUCAGCUUCGACACGAUCCAAUGGUCGCACGCCGGCGAAUGGUUGCUGUUGGUACGCUCGUCGGAAGGAAUCGCGGACGCUUCCGUUUUGUUGAACGUGACACGGGCGUCCGAGUACAGUCACGCUCACUUCCGGUCAGCGAGCCUCGCCUGCCUGUCGCUUUGUCUGGCGCUGGCCAUCCUGCAGGAGCAUCGUCGUUGAGCAAGAGGCGCGAGAAGAGAGCUCGGCCUCGUGUUCGAUCCUCGAAGCGGCGAGAAAUUCUUCAUAGAAACGAAUAAGAAAUAUCGAAGAGAGAAACUACCUUGCUAACGACGAGGAGGGGGGAGAGAGAGCGAAUUUCCGUCAGUAUUCCCGUGACUUCGAUAAUUGUAAAUAAUAUAUAAAAGUCGAGCUAGAGCAGGCGAACGAAAA